AUGUCCAUGAUCUCGUUGUUCCUAAUACUUUGCUGUGGCUACGCGCUAACUGCAGAAACAAACGAUACGAAACAAAGUAAACGGGGGAUACCAGAAGCUGGCGGAUGGGUUGGAAUACCAAGUUCUCAUGGGUACGGCCAUGGACAACCAUGGUUAGGUGAUCCAGGUUGGAAAGGGCUCAAAUUUCCUCCCUUUAACUUAGCUCAUGGAGGAUUGCAUGGCGGAUUAUCAUACGGUAGAGUACCUGCUAUCUCUUUACCAAUCGGGGGGGCCGAUUUGUUGAAAACGUUUCCAGUAUACAUAACGAAACACGUGGUUCUGGAAAGACCAGUUCCUGUUCCACAGCCAGUUUACAUCGAGAAACCGUAUCACGUGCCAGUUCCGAUCGAAAAGAUCAUUCACAAACCGGUCCCGGUUCCCAUUCCGAUACACGAGGCAGUUCCGGUCCCGGUGGAACGCCCAAUUGCAAUACCGGUGAAGCACCCCGUGCCGGUGCCAGUACAACAACCGUAUCCAGUACCGGUAAAGCAAGCGUUUCCAAUACCGGUCCCGAUUCCAGUUCCGAUUCCGGUCCAUCCAGCUCCGAUCCCGCUGAUUGGCGCUGGUCCGGUUGGCUCACCGGCAUACGACGGUAGAGGUUAUGGCGGCGGUCACUUUUAUCCCGUGUUGCAUGGCCACGGGCUGCAUGGCCAUCCGUUGCCCGCGCAGUUCGUUCAUGGUUUUGGCGCCGGUUUUGGACACGGAUUGGGCCACGAGCACGGUCACGGCCACGGUUACGACUAUCCACAUGCGUACGCUGCCGACUUCGGUCAUGGACACGAACACAAAAAACGAAGCAAGAAUUGAAGCGCCGAUUCUCAAGAGAGAGACUCUUUAACCCCUUAACUUUUUCUCGUCGAAUUUUCUUCCGACGAUAAAAGCAAUAAUAAUUUGUACUGUAGUAUACAUUGAACUAGAUAAAACAUAUCUUUAAAACUGGGAUAUAUAGUCCCAGUCAGUCUUUGAGAUCAGUUUCCUCCAAUUUCAAAAUGAUAGAUAGGAUGUUUUAAUUAACAUAAUUCAAAAGGGUAGAAUGUAUUAACAUUCGAUUGUUACAAUGAACUGAGACUUGUUAAUAUAUAAUAAACUUGGAGGAAUUGUAUAUGAAAGUUUAAAAAAUAAGUGUUACUGCAUUUGUUAAAAGCUCGAAGUUCUGUUAAUUUAAUAUAAUAUACUUUUAUAUAAGUAUUCUGUAAAAGAGUGAGGGCUUGUUGUAGAUAAUAUGUCUCAUGUAUUUAUAUACAUUGACACGCAAUUAAGUAACAAUAUCGAAGGUUAUAAUUCAUAAUUUUAAAGUCAAGACAGAACAGUUUUUGUUAUAGUUAAAGAAAAAUAUUUGUCAACUUACUAUUCUUUUUGUUUGUUCUAUCUCUCUUGCUUUUCGAGAUACACACUGUCGAGGUAUACACGCAUUUAACAUUUAAGUACAAUGUAGUACCAAUAAUUUUGUAUAUUACAAUGAUUUUAUAUGAUAAUUUUGUAAAGAUACAAGUACCGAUGUUAAAAAUAUAUUAAUUUCUCGUACGUGUUCUAAUAAAUCUCCGAGCCCUCCUAUAUGUCUCCUCUAUAUCUGCAUACAGUUACAUACAUGGCUUAUUCCUGUGACAGUGUCUCUCAACUAUACAUUCUACGCGUAUAAGGUACGCGGAGUUGUAUAUCACGUUUCAAUAUAACUUAAUAAAAUCUUAUUACUACGAAUAAUUAAUCAGAUU